CCUGGCGAACAUGGCGGCAACUUGACAACGGCAGCGAGAUGAAGACGGCGAGGGCUUGAAAAAGAAAAUAGGUCCGUACCAGGCUGCAGGCCCAUCCGCCGACACAAAGGCAGACAGCUUCGCCAUGUUGGAAGAGGAUAGCGCCCUUGUCCCUGCACGACCGAGGCCGGGGAAAACGUAAAAAACGCGUCGGUGAGUGUUUCUAAAAACGGAGUCGGGGCUACGCAGAGGAGCGGAGCGGCGCGGCGCGGAGCUCGGGGCGGGCGGGAGGACAGCGGCUUCACCGGUCAGCCAUGGAGGAUGCGGCCCGUGGUCGCCAGCGUCUAAUUUCCCAUCCGGCCCACGCUCGUUUUAAUGGGAAUUACCGCUGAACGCAAAGGCAAGCCGGGACAACCCACCGCCUGACAUUCCGAGGGGAAGAAAACGCGAAGCGGACCCCCACGUCAAUGACUGUUGCGGCAGAGGAGCCCCCACGGUGGAGUCGGCCGGUUCCCAAAAUAUGACCAGGGGUGCUGGGACGUGUUGGCAGCAAGAAGAUGACGACGGCUUCCAAAUCUGGCUAGAGCCCCCCCGCGACAACCAAAAGCCAUUCACCGACUCCGAGAGGGCGCAGAGAUGGCGACUGUCCUUGGCAUCCCUCUUGUUCCUCACCAUCCUCCUCUCUGAUCACCUGUGGUUCUGCGCCGAGGCCAAGCUGGCCCGGACCCGGGUCAAGUUCGCGUCCUCCCACCUCCUCUCACCCCAGACCCACUCAGCACACAGCAGCCUCAGAGGAACCCCAGAUGCUAUUUUUAUAGGAAACUCUACCAAACAUGUGUGGCGUCUUGAAACUUGCCACCGGGAUAGUUUGUCUAAGAACUGCUUCACUUUCGCAGACGCCGACCAUUUGUGCGGGGGCCUUUCCGACAAAGAGGGGACGCCGGCUGUAAAUAUGAGCGAUUUGUACCUUUCCUUUUGUAACUCCUACUCCCUGCUGGAUUUGUUCUACGGGUCGACGAGUCCGGACAAUUUGAACUGCAGCCUCGACGUGCUCGGCGACGGCGACACGGGCAGAUGCAGCCUGUGCGUCCAGGCGUACCAGCGCUACGACCAGCACGCCCAGGAGAAAUACGAGGACUUUGAGCUCCUGACUCAGAAAUAUGAGCCGGGGGCAUAUUCGGUGAGGACGUGCAUGGAGCAGUGCAAGACGGCCUAUAAGCCCUGGCUGUGCGCUCAAUACUUCCCCACCACCCAGCUGUCCUGUCCGAGGAAGGUACCGUGCCACCAGUACUGCCUGGAGGUCCAGCAGAGCUGUCCUUUCAUCCUGCCCGACAACGACGACCUGAUCCACGGCGGCAGCCCCAGCUUCAUCUGCACAGGGAUCCUGGCAGAUCAUCGAUCAGACGGCGAGGCGGAGUGCUGCGACGUCCGGUGGGACCCCAGAAUGGACAGCCCCUCAGGCGGGACACUAAAAAGGACUGCCUCCUCCUGCCAGCCCGAGGGGGCCUCGGUCACCUCCGCCGCCACCCCGAGGCUGUGCAGCGGGCGACUGAAGAUCUGCCUGCUGGCCCUCGUCCUCCUACACACUGUCAUCAUCAUCUCAGCGUCCCACAACUCCACGCUGGUGGGCGUGGCGGCCAUUUUCUCGCCAGAGGAGAGCGCCUCGAACGAGGAGUGAACCUUUUUGGGGUUUGAAUCCGGUGCGUCGCUGGGGAGCGACGCCGGGGUUUCUUUUUUUCUUGCGGGGCUGCCGGGGGACACGUCUGGCGAGAAACACGCUGGAGAUGCCUCUACGAUCUCGCCCGCCAACGAACCAUCAGCCACGGUGGGAGUGGGAGGGUUUUAACUGGAGCCGAAAGGUGCCGGGAUUGGACGUCGAACCGAACCGAGGCGUUUCGAGAACCGCCCCCCUAAAGGACUGACCUCUUGCCACUUGAAACCUGCUCAUUGUUUCUAUCCCACCCAAAUGUUUUCUAGCAUAUCGUCCCUCCCUCUCUCCCUCCCCUCCCUUCCCCCGGCGUUUCCCGUGUGUAUGGACGGCACGUCGAAGGAAAAACAAACGGACAUCGAUGAAGUGUCGCGCACUCACUUACCUUUUUUCAAUUUUUGCUGCAUUUCUUUCAGGUGCCUGAAUGUUGUUUUUUUACAACUGUUUUCCACUUCCUGCUCUCCAUCACCUCGGCGGCAUCCGGUGUGUGUGCGGUGCCGCUCGAGGGGCCCGUCGGGGGGGCCCAAGCUCAUCCAUCAUUCACGUGGGUCUCGUUUCUCUGCAAACAGGAAUGUGUGUGGUUCCUCUGUAUUCUUAACGUUCAGCAUUGUAUUUUGUCCCGCUACACCCUUUCUCCCCCCCUUCCCCCACUACCUUAACGACGGUACAUGCCUACGCGUUUUAGGACCUUAAGUGCUCUGAGACCGGCUCGCUUUCUCUUCUUCUUACUUGCCGGAGACCAAAAGAAGGCGACAGGCGUCCUCUGGUCUCUGGAGUGUUCAGUUUACCUCGUACGGUGGCGGCGCAGAGAGCCUUCAGAGUACGGGAGACUGCAGGGACACUAGAGGACGGUUGCACGAUGCCAAAACACCAGGGGCCUCAUUUAUCAAGCGUGCGAACGUUCAUUUUUAACGUGCGGAAUGCAACUUUCUACUUUCAAAACAGAAGUUAGAGCGUCUUUAGUUUCAGCUUCGGCUCAGUUACGAGAGGAGCUCAAACCAAAUCCGACAGACGUGAUUGGACGGGGGUUUGGGGUUUAACGACUAAAUUACACAUUCUUUGGGAAAAGUUGGAAAAAGUCAUGA